AUGGCAUCUGUUGCACAUUUUUCUCGUCGCUUAUUUACAACCUCGAGAUCUCCUCUGUUAAGUCAUGCGCGGCCACUUAAAACCAACUUUGGGAUUUUUCAAGAGGGUGAUAGGGUAGUAUUAAACACGACGAAGGGCGUCACCCUGACGAAACCGCUUAAGAAAGACCAAAAAAUCGACGUACGCGGUGGGUAUAUCGAGCAUAACCACAUCAUUGGUAAAGGCGCCAGAGAUGUUGUACGGACACAUAACGGUCGUGGUGAUUUCCGAAUAACUCAACCAACCCUCGACGAAUAUGUAUCCCUCACCCGACGACUUGUCACUCCGGUAUAUGCGGCGGAUGCGAACUUAAUAGUUUCGCUCCUGGAUAUCCACACACAACCUCCAUCCGGAGACGAACAACAUGGUGAACCUCUAGAGAUUCUAGAGGCUGGGACAGGUCAUGGUUCUCUGACGCUACAUCUUGCAAGAGCUAUAAAUGGAGCAAACACUUGCCCGCCGCCCAUCCCACAAGCUACACAACGGACAAUUCUGGACCCACAGAGUCAAGCUCAGGACACAGCCGAAGUAACAGAGGAGGAGAAUAUCAAGCAGAAAGACUGGGAUACAUGGAGGACUAAACGCAAUGCGAUUCUUCACACAGUCGAGAUUUCACCCAAGGUGUCCGCUCAUGCCGAGAAAGUGGUCCGGGGUUUUAGACGAGGCAUUUACACAGGGAGUGUAGAUUUUUACGUUUCUAGCGCAGAGGGUUGGAUUCAGCACCAGAUUGAAAGCCGAAGCUCGAAACUUCCCCCCGGAGAAAAGCUAAAGCCAUUCCUAUCAUACGCACUACUAGACAUGCCAUCAGCAGAAAAGCGCAUUCCUGAAGUUGCGCGUGUUCUUAAGACUGAUGGAGUACUGGCAGUUUUUACACCAAGUAUCACCCAAAUUGGGGACUGCGUUCAACUAAUUAAAGACCAGCAUCUACCUCUUGUCUUAACAAAGUCAGUGGAACUUGGAAUGGGGAUCAGUGGCGGGAGACUUUGGGAUGUUCGGCCUGCAGUUAUAAGGGCAAGCUUGAAAAAUCGGGAUGAUGCAGAAGAGCCGACGAAUGAGGAGCUAGACAGCCUGGUUGAUACUUCAGCUGCUAACAACCAAACGCACUACGCAAAAGAAGAAGAUGGCAGCUUCCAGUCAUCACAAGAGAGUGGGCUUGGAGGAGAGAACCAGUCCGUCAAGCAUGUGAUGGUUUGCCGGCCCAAAGUUGGAGAGAGAAUUGUGGGCGGCGGCUUUGUUGGAAUAUGGAGAAUGGGAAAGGCUUGA